AUGGAAGACAAAGGCACUGAGAGCUCUCGGCGGUCGAGUCCCGGCAGACGAGAGAAGCACCGUCACCGUGAGCGUGAACACCGUCAGCACCAGCGCCACCACCGCGAACAUCGUCGGACUCGGUCACGUUCGCCACGCGAGCGUAAACAACAGACGAUCAAGGACCGGAUAGAGGAUCGAGACGGCCACCGGUCAAGGCGUCACCGCCAUCGAGACAGAGACAGGGGCCGAGACAAGGACAAAGACGGAAAGCCAGUCCAGCUUCCCCACGGCGCUCGAUUGUUGGUGGCUGGCGCCGACUACAGCAAGUUUUCGCCCGUGUUUGCUGCGUACCUUUCGCAGGAGAAGCAUCUGACGCUGGCCGAGCUCGACGAGCACCAAUCCCAAAGUCGGUGGCGUCGGUUUGUGGACAAGUGGAAUUGGCGCGACUUGGCGGACAAGUGGUACGAGCCACAGCUGUUUCUCCGUGCCGUGAGGGGAGAUGUGGCUGCGGAUGCGCGAGUGGAAGAUCAUGAGGAGGACAAGGACAAGGACUCCGAGUCCUCUGACAGCGACUACGGCCCGGCAUUGCCACCAGACGAGCGCGACCCCAGCUGCAAAUCUGUCGGCUCGGUCGCACGCAGCCGGCAUCUUGGCGUUCCCGGUCCGGCGAUCCCCAGCCGCGCCGACCUGGACGAACGACGCGCGCUGGAAGAAGAAGACUGUCAAGCCGAGCGGGCCGCAUUGCGUCUCGCCCGUCGUGCCGACCGCGCCGAGCAGCGCGAACGGCUGGACGAGCUCGUGCCGCGGGCCGCCGCGGGCACACGCGAGCGGCAGCUCGAGAAGAAGCGCGAACGCAACGAGCAAAUGCGCGGGUUCCGGGACCGGUCGCCGGGCGGGGAUCUGGUGGGCGACGACGAGCUGAUGGGCGGCGACGAGGGAGGAAGCAGCCGGCGGUCUGCGCAGGAAAAGAAGAAGGAGACCGACGAGGCGGCGGCGCGACGGACGCUGUGGCAGCUGCGGCGGGAGGAAGAGCAGCGAGCACGGGACGACGAGCUGGCCGAGCGGCGAGCGCAGUACCGGGCGCGGGAGGAGGAGACAAUGGACAUGCUGCGGGAGCUGGCGCGGCAGCGGUUCGGGUAG